AUCCUGGCCUGGCAGGGGAAGGAGAGGCGGCGGGCUGAGGCUCGGAUAGCAGAAAAUAACGGCGGUUUUACCGUUUUCUCUCGUUUUUCUUCGCAGAGCGGAAUAUACGGCUUUUCUGUGUGCGCGGAAGCUUCUCGAAGUUCUGUUAGGUGGUGAGUAAAUGAUCUAGCUCCAUUUGAAUGCUGAAGACGAGAUCAAUCCGAAUAUCACCAUGAACAGGAAUAAGCGUGAGAAGGAGUAUUACAGUAUAGAUGUAGGAGAUUCAACAUUCACCGUUUUAAAGCGCUAUCAGAAUUUAAGACCUAUCGGCUCUGGAGCACAAGGCAUCGUCUGUUCAGCGUACGACCACAUCUUGGAGAGAAAUGUCGCCAUUAAGAAACUCAGCCGGCCUUUCCAGAACCAGACGCAUGCCAAGAGAGCCUACAGAGAGCUGGUGCUCAUGAAAUGUGUCAACCACAAGAAUAUAAUCGGCUUAUUAAACGUGUUCACGCCACAGAAGACGCUGGAGGAGUUCCAGGACGUUUACUUGGUGAUGGAGCUGAUGGACGCAAACCUGUGUCAGGUGAUCCAGAUGGAACUGGACCAUGAAAGACUGUCCUAUUUACUCUACCAAAUGCUGUGUGGCAUCAAACAUUUACAUGCUGCUGGUAUCAUUCACAGGGACCUGAAGCCCAGCAACAUUGUGGUGAAGUCUGACUGCACGCUGAAGAUCCUGGACUUUGGUUUGGCCCGAACAGCUGCUACAGGACUCCUUAUGACCCCCUACGUGGUGACUCGCUACUACCGUGCCCCUGAGGUCAUUCUGGGCAUGGGUUACCAGGCCAAUGUUGAUGUCUGGUCUAUUGGCUGCAUCAUGGCCGAAAUGGUCAGAGGCAGUGUGCUGUUUCCAGGCACAGAUCAUAUUGACCAGUGGAAUAAGGUGAUUGAGCAGCUGGGCACGCCAUCGCAGGAGUUCAUGCUGAAGCUCAACCAUUCGGUGAGGACGUACGUGGAGAACAGGCCCCGCUAUGCAGGCUACAGCUUUGAAAAGCUGUUCCCCGACGUGCUCUUCCCUGCUGACUCCGACCACAACAAGCUGAAGGCUAGCCAGGCUCGAGACCUCUUGUCCAAAAUGCUGGUAAUAGAUGCGUCCAAACGGAUCUCGGUGGACGAGGCUCUUCAGCAUCCUUACAUUAACGUGUGGUACGACCCCACCGAGGUGGAAGCGCCACCACCGCUGAUCACAGACAAGCAGCUGGACGAGCGAGAACAUACCGUGGAGGAGUGGAAAGAGCUCAUAUACAAGGAGGUGCUGGACUGGGAGGAGCGCUCGAAGAACGGCGUGAUCCGCGGACAGCCAGCCUCGCUUGGUGCAGCAGUGACGGGCGACCCCCAGCACCCCUCAACGUCCUCCUCAUCUGCCAACGAUGCGUCGUCCCUGUCCACCGACCCCACCCUGGCCUCGGACGCGGACAACAGUCUGGAAGUCUCUGCUGCCGGACCGAUGGGCUGCUGCAGAUGACCAUCACCCUGUCCCCCCCUGACCCCCUUGCCCCCUCGCCCCCCGCUGCCACCCAUCUCCGCCGGCAUAGAGUAAAGAGCCAGCAUGCGGAGCGCCGUCGCCCCACUUCCGUUUUGAACUGACGGUUUUCUUUUAGGUCAGUGGACAAAAAAAAAAAGACAGAAUAGAUAAAGAGUGUUUGAGGGCACCUUCGGAGCUUUUACACCAAACCAGCGUUCAUUUUCGGGUAGUUUAACUUUUAGCGCCAAGACUGAAUGAAGCUGCCGCUGUGUCGUCUUUGGCCGCGCAGACGUGGAGCGGCAGCGGUCGAUUGAGGUCGUUUGUAAAGAUUGUACGGUAAAUAUAUUUUUAAAGAUGUUUUUAUUUCGGAGUUUGCGGUGGUGAGUCAUCAUCGUUCAUCAUGGUUUUGGUUUGGAGCGCGAGCAGAAGGACCCCACGCUGCGGGGAGCUGCUCUGUUCUGCAGAUGAUGGUGUAUAAAGUGAGUCAGCCUAAUUCUGUGUCUAAUAAGCAGAUUACUUUUGUCUCUCUUACGUUUGUGAGACAUCAGGUCAUACAGCAUUUUCUCAUUUCUGUUAUUAUUAUCUAAAUGAGAUGCUUGUAGGCUCCCUAAGCUACUGAUUUUUUAUCCUCACCUUGGUUCUUGUGAAAGAUAUACAGUCCUGCAUAUUAUACUUAGAUGUUCACAGAUAUUGCUGUAUGUGAUUUAAGUCUGUACAAGUUUUAAAGCUAAAGUCUAAAGAGGAGUAACAGGUAACUUAAAGUAGGGUUGGGCUGUGUAACAGUAAUAAAGUAAAUAAAGUUCAGUGUAUUAAUUUAAAUUUAGCAUUUAAAAUAAUGAUUAAAUGAUGUUUAUUUAUGGGGCUGGCUCAUUGAUUGGAGAUGCUGCACGCUGACAGACAGGAAAACAAUAUUCACACAUCAGGCACCUGUUUAAAACAUGUUUAUACUAAUGAAGCCUUUCACAAAAAAAUUACAUUUUUAUUACUCUGCUCUAAAUCUUUUUUUUUUUUCUUUUUUUUUUGUCCAACACAAGCUCCCUCUAUUAAUCAAAACUCACUUUCUGCUAUUGGUAUGAUAACAUCCAGCUCUGACUACUGAUCCAUUUCUGCUCACUUGUGUUUUAUUUUCUUUACUUUUGGAAAAUGCAAAAAAAACUACCUUUAGAAAAUGCGACAUUUACCUGAAAACAGUGAUCGUAACUGCUGCUAAAACACAUUUUAAAGAAGAUAACUAACAUGCAUACUUUUGAUCAACAGCAGGAUCCAAAAAAACAUUGUUUUCUUUUGUAACUUGUGUAACUUGAGCUUUCUUUAGCUGGAACUAAAACAGUAAGUAUUGGAACCAGAGACAAAUUAGGGUUUAAAAUUUGAUAAUGUUGGUUUUUCAAAUAUCAGAAAGCAUAAAAGCAGCGUACCCUUUUUUUUAUUUAUUUAUUUUUUAUUAUUAUUAGUGACCAAUCAGUGAGCUGCUAAUCCCCGUUGUAUACAGUGAUAAUCGUUGAAUAUGGUUUGAGAGGAUAUGAAAUAUGUAACUACCACCCAACCCUAAGUUUAAGGUCUUAUUUAUAUUUAAUAAUAUUUUGGACAGCCCAGCACUGGAAUAUAGACCCGUGUUGUGUUGUGUUGUGUUGUGUUGUAAGAAAAGCACAGGAAUGUGUUUUAAGUGAAUUUAGAAAGGGUUAAAAAGAGCAGCACUGAGGAAAAUAGGGUGUAAUUUAAUUGUACUGAUUAAAUCCGUAAUUAAGUAAACUACACAUUAUUUUUUUGCAGUUAAUGAAUAAAAGUCAUCAGUUUUUAAAAUGGUUUAAACAAAAGAAGAAAAAAAAUUGCCAAAAUGAUGCUUGUAUACAUUUCAACAUAACUGGAAGACAAUGACUAAAAUGUUAUUUUGCUUUAAUAUAUAAAUGGGUGCCAAUCAAGCUCUGUUGAAAGAGAAUUAAAUAUUAAAGAGAAUUUAAAACGUACAUUACCGUCAUUUAAACUGCCCACUAAUCACAGCUCAUAAAAUUCAAGUUUAAUUGAUUUGUUGAGUUGUAAAGAGCAUGUUAAUCAUAAUGUGUGUGUUAAUAUAGGUUCUUGCAUAUAAAGGUGGGUGAUAUGGCAAUAAUAUCAGGGUUUAAAAAGAAAAAAUCACAAUUUUAAACAAAUUAGACAGGUGGAAAUACAUUUUCAAUUUAGUAAAAUGUAUGUUCAGUGUGCUUAUAUUAAAUUAAUUAAUUAUUUACUUAAUUGUUAUUACUUUAUUAAUAUUACUUUAUAGUUGAGUAGUCUGGUGUAAAUGUGUUUUUUUAUGUCAAAAUGUGUUUAAACUGGAAUAUUUACACCAGCUGUAACAUGUAACAUGAUUUUUCUGACUAUAAUCAGGGGAUUGUUAGACCUUAUAUUAUACUGGGUUUAAAUGUAAUGUUUUCACAAUUAUCGAGUGCAGAUUAAAUAAUAAAAUAAUACUUAAAUUAAAGGAGCUGAGCACAAAAUACAUACAUUCACAUUUCUGCAUUGUGGGAUCUUUUGUGUUUUUAAAUAUAAACAUUGUUACUCUUCUCCCAGUCUAAAAAUAAUGAUACAAUAUUGUCAUAUUGCCCACCCUUAGCCCACCCUUACUUAGAUGGAUUUGUAUUGUAUUCUGCAAGCUAAUAUUUAAAGCCCCUGGGAACCUAAAUCUUAAGUUUUCUUUCUAAUUAGGUUAUUUUUUAUUCCUUUGGUCCCUAGGUUUAAAUGUACAGUAUAAGUAUAAGCUCUAUCACUCUCCUCUUGGAUGUAGAAUGGUUUUGUCUAAAAGUGGGUUAGGCUGACGUCAGCAGAACCCUGACCAAUCACAAUUCUGCUAACCUCUCUUCGAGUCUGAGCAACCGAAAUUGGAGCGCUGGUGAGCUGUUGCUUAGCAACCAUCUUAGUGAUCAAACUACCAAGCUAUCUCAAGGCUGUGUGCGUUGUUUCCAUAGCAAUGGUAAACAAGCAUUCGUUCAUCGUUAAUCGACAGCUGUCAGUCACGCACUUUCAUUAGAAUAUUAUAACCACGCCCACACAGUUCUCAGAAAGGUGUCAAGAGUGCAUUCUGGGGAUUUUUUUUGAGGAGUUUUUAAUAAUACUUUUGCACAAAGCACACAAUAAUAAGUUUAAUAUUAUACAAAAAAUCAAUGUAUAAAAAUGUAUACAUAUAUAAAAUGUGUUCCCAUGGGCUUUAAAGGACUGUACUAUUCCCGACUCUCUCUCUUUGUUAAUAAUGUUAAUUAUAAUUGUAGCACAAACACAAUGUAGGCCUAUUUCCAGCUGUUUGUUUGUCACUUCAGUAACUAUAAUCUACUGUAAAUAACUCCGCUCCAGUCCACUGCAGUCUGUCAGUACGCAUGCUCUCUGACUGUCCACCCCAUCCAUUGAUACCUUCAAUACUACAACACUAUCACAACCAAAAGAAACAAGUCGGCGCUAAAACCGUAUGCAAGAGUGAGGUCUUCUUUGUUUCACUAUGUUUUUUUUUUUUUUUUUUUUUUUUUUUUUUUUUUUUUUUUUU